AUGGCAUCGUCCGGGCGCGCAAUACAAUACACAAUCCCGGCGCGGGAGGACUUUAGCAAGCUCUCGGACGAGCAAAAGACGCGCGUGGGCGAAGCGUUCGACCUCUUCGACUCCAACAAGGACGGGCUGCUGUCGUACGAGGAGUUCCGGUUCGUGCUGCGGGCGCUGGGUUUCGAGCUGCCCAAGACGCAGACGUACGACCUGCUGGUGCGGCACGGGCAGAAGCCGCCCAGCUGGCCGCUGGACCAGGAGUGUCCGCCCGUGUACCGGCUGUUCAAUCUGCCCACCGCCCAGGCCAUCGCCGGCACGCUGAUCCGCCAGCGCGACCCGCGCGAGGAGCUGCUGCGCGCCUUCCGCCUGUUCGAUGUCGACGGCAAGGGCAUCAUCUCCCAGGACGACCUGCGCCGCGUCAGCGCCCAGGUCGGCAACAACAUCCCCGACGCCGACAUGCUCGCCAUGAUCGAGGAGUUUGAUGCCUCGGGCAAGGGCGGCGUCGACGAGGACGAGUUCCUGAGGCUGAUGAUGUCCAAGAAAUAA